GCCGGGGGUGAUUUCCGGUGUAUGAGCAGGAAGUGACAGGAAGUAAACACGGCGCUCGCUGUUUGUUAGCUUUUGCGCUUUUUUCCCCUCUUUUUUCUCUUUUUGUCGCUUUGAAUCUAUAGCGGGUGAAUCUAUAGCAGGUUACAGUUAAGACAUGAACGGCCAAGCUGAUUUAGAUGUUGAUUACAAGCGGAAAUACAAAAACCUCAAGCGGAAACUGAAGUUUCUGGUCUAUGAGCAAGAAUGUUUUCAGGAGGAGCUGAGAAGAGCACAGAGAAAACUGCUAAAGGUUUCCAGAGACAAAAGUUUCUUAUUGGACAGAUUGUUACAGUACGAGCGGGUGGACGAGGACUCCUCUGACUCCGAUGCUACAGCCUCCUCAGAGAGUGAUGGAGAGGGAGCGAGAGAUCGGGAAGCAGGAAAGAAGAGGCGGAGUCCUGGAGUUCCACCCCUCCCUUCAUCCUCGUCACCCCACCUCUCUCUCCUCCCGCGGUCAGGAGCGAACCCCCUUCAGCCCUCAACACCCACCCAGUAUCUCAACACGUUACCCUUCCCUCCUGACUAUUUGGCUCCCUCUGCUGAACGAGUGAAGAAAGAGAAAAAAGCAAAACCGUCCAAACAAAAGAAAGAUCCUGCAGGAAAGGUGGUCUCCCCUCUGGGCUCUAAUUACCCAGCAGGCAGUGCUCCGGGUGCGGGUUCCUCUGGUCCGUUCAGCUGGGUCCCGCGGCAGAUGCUGAGCGGAGAUGCUGCGGAGGAGGAGGGAGAGAGCGAGGGAGACAGUGACGGAGGAGAGGAGGAGCGAGGAGAGGGAGAGGAAGCUGAGCUGGUCAUUGACAUUCCUAACGAGUGAACAGGAAGCAGAAACAGACUCAAACCUCAAACAGAACCUCGAAAAGACACACCGUCACAAAGUGAUCCUGUUUUACAGCAUCCGUGAGCCCAUUAACACACAGUGUUUACAGACACAGCUGUUCCAGUGUCGCGUUAGCAUGAGAAGACUCAGUGUAUGAUUAUCUCAUAACUCUUUAUAUCUCAAUAUUUUUCACCUGUUUUUGAGGUGAAAGUGUUUUUGGAAAGUGAAAUAAAGAAUAAGAUAAGUUUGUGAA